UCGGCCUUGGACGAAGUUAUAGCGGCAUAUUUCUAGCACACUCUGACGAAGUGCGCAACACCUUUUCAUUAUCUUUUCCUCGUUCUCUGCUGUGGCGACAGGUGAGCAGGGCGGUGACGUCGCAGCAGCCAUCGCUGCCGUCCCCAGGGAGCUUCAGCGAGAAUUCGCCCUAUUUCAACUCGCGCAAGACGAUCUACGGUAGCCCGUUUCCUCCAGUGUCCCCGGUCUCGGCACCCUCGGAGGCGCAAAUGUCACCGAACAAUCUGACCAGAAUUAACCAGUCUCGGCGGCAGUCCAGGGCGUCAAUGGCUCCGGCUGGCGGACUCUACCGGGGAGAAGAGGAAGAGACUAUGCUGGAAAAGGUGCUCGAACGCCACGUGGUCAACGCCACAAACGACGAGACAGGCCAGCGCCGCGGCAAGCCCCUGCUGUGCGCCGUGGUGCUCGUCAUCACGCUGCCCAUCGUGGCGCUGGUGCUGUUCGCCGUGCUGGCCAAGACGCAGAUAACUGUACAAGUGGACGCCGCAUGGGGCACGUACCGCGGCUCACACGAGCGUGUCGAAGGUGGGCUCGAGUGCGACAGCUUUCUCGGCAUCCCGUUCGGCAACGCAACGGGCGGAGAGCUCCGGUUCCGGAGGCCCGUGCGCCCCGGCCAGUGGGCCCAGCAGACCACGGCGGGCAGCGCCCCCUGCCUGCAGCCGCCGCUGCGCAUCCGCAACUUCUCCGUGUACGACGCGGCCAACAGCGGCUCGGAGGACUGCCUGCGGCUCAACCUGUGGACGCCCAGCAUCAACGCAAAGGGCCUUCCAGUGCUGGUGUUCCUGCACAGCUUCCAGUUCUACUACGGCGGCAACAGUCAAGAGUUGUUGCGUGGAGAGCUGCUGUCUGCGCUGGGCAAUCUCGUGGUCGUGGUGCCCAACUUCAGGCUCGGCCCACUGGGCUUCCUCAGGGCGAAUGCGAACAGCGAGUCUUCUCCCGGCAACCUGGCGCUAUACGAUCAGCGCCUGGCCCUCGAGUGGACGCGCGAUAACGUGCGAUACUUUGGCGGCGACCCGGAGCGUCUGGUGCUACACGGCUACGAGGCCGGCGCCGUGUCCGUCGGCUACCAGUUGCUCUCGCCCGAACCCCACUGGGUCAAGGGGGUACCCAGGUUGAUUCUGCAGAGCGGCUCUGCGCUGCGCCUCUUCAAGAACAACACGGGCGACGCCAGCAUCAGCAACGUGCGCUCGCUCCAAGUGAACCUCAAGUGCAACACGAAGGAAGAGAAGCCCCAGCUGGCACUCGAAUGCCUGCGAAAGGUCGAGCCCGAGAUGUUCGUACAGCGCAAAGCGCACAAGGACAUCGACUUCGUGUUCGGGCCCAGCUUCGACACCGAGUUCCUGCCUGCGCAUCCGAGCCAGUUGCUUUCGGACGCGAUCCACUCGAAGGAGGUGCUGCUGGGAACCGUCUCCGGUGAGGGCGUCGUGCUGGCCGAGGUCUACAGAAGCCUCCGGAAGCCCAUCAAGCCUAGCGAAUUGCUGGCCGCGUACGGCGUGGUGGACGUGGCACGGCUCAUCGCGCUUUACACCAACGCCGACCAAUGGGACAACCGCACUUUCAAGCAGCUGCUUGGCGACGUGCUGUCCUCGUGCCCGGUGCAGUACCUGGCAGAGCACCUGUCUUCGGGCAAUAACCGCGUGUACAGCUACGUGUUCGUGCACAAGCCGAGCUUCAGCGACUGGAACGAUUCGUUUCCGGCGCAGUACGAGGACCUGGACUUCGUGUUCGGGGUGCCGCUCCGCCGCGGACUGGGAACGCCCCAGGAGCAGGACCUCAGCCGCCGGCUCAUAAAGCUCGUGGCCACGUUCGCUAAGGAAGGGUACGUCCAUAGCACUGAGGUGUACGUGCUUUCGCGCAUACGCCAUAUUUACAGCAGCAUGGCGGUGACCAAGAGGACGCUGCCUCAGUUGCGCGAAGGCGCCGAGUGGCCCGAGUUCCGCGGCCUAGGCAACGACACGGUCGAGAUCGCGCUCGACGGCUUCUCGCUGGCGGCCUCAACACGCGCCGAGCAGUGCCGCCAGAUACGACCCCACAUCCUCUACUAG